AUGGAGCUGCGCGCGGUUAUGGUCGUGGUUCUGGUCGCGAUCAUGUCUGGAGGCGUAUCGAAGAUGGUGAUGUUCAGAAUCAAAGAGGUGGUCGCAUCUAUCUUCUAUGGCGGUGUUGACAUUCACGAUAGACACAGGGACAUGCGCCUUGACAUUGACAAUAUGUCCUAUGAGGAGCUAUUAGCACUCGAGGAAAGAAUAGGAAAUGUCGGCACUGGCCUCAGCGAGGAAGCUGUGAUAAGGUUGCUCAAACAAAGGAAAUUUUCAUCUUGGACACUAAAAGCAUCUUUGGACCCUGAACCAUGUUGUAUCUGCCAGGAGGAGUACGCUGAUGGAGACGACCUCGGGAAGCUGGACUGCGGGCACGACUUCCACGCUGGCUGCAUCAAGCAAUGGCUGGUGGUGAAGAACGUGUGCCCCAUCUGCAAGAGCACCGCAUUGAAGAAGACCUGAAACCCGAACAAAGGCUCGUGUCAGAGACAUCCCCCAUGUUUCUAUGUUCACUCGAUGGUUCGCGAGAUCAUUUGCCGAUUCGUAUUGCUACGCUUUUUUUUUUUUGGUCGGGAAAAUUUUGCCAGCCACCUUUUGGUUAAUGUCUUUCCUGCUUGAUGUAGUGAAUUUGGACUAUGCCUGAUAGUUGUCCUUGACCUGAAUCAGGUUGGUGUGUGGGUGUUUCAUGUUUGGUUGCUGUGAUAGCUGGUACGAACAAUGUAUUUCUGUUAUGCAAGUAAUAGAAAUGAAGUUUCUCCGGUCAAAAAAAAAAGGUGGAGGAACGA